AUGUCCGAGCUUAGCAAGAACUUUGAGACCCUGCAGCUCCAUGCUGGCCAGGAAGCCGACCCCACGACGAACUCGCGCGCGGUGCCCAUCUAUGCCACGUCCAGCUACACCUUCAAUGACUCGGCCCAUGGCGCGCGCCUCUUUGGCCUCAAGGAGUUUGGCAACAUCUACUCCCGCAUCAUGAACCCGACGGUCGACGUCUUUGAGAAGCGCAUCGCCGCGCUCGAGGGCGGUAUCGCCGCCCUCGCCGCCUCCUCGGGCCAGGGCGCGCAGUUCAUCGCCUUCGCCACGCUCGCCCACGCGGGCGACAACAUUGUGUCCACCACCAACCUCUACGGCGGCACGUACAACCAGCUCAAGGUCUUCUUGCCGCGCCUCGGCAUCAAGACCAAGUUUGUCGACGUGGACAAUCUCGAGAACAUUCGCAACGCCAUUGACGACAAGACCAAGGCCGUCUACGUCGAGAGCAUCGGCAACCCCCGCUACAACGUCCCCGAUCUCGAGGCCAUCGCCAAGGUGGCGCACGAGAAGGGCGUUCCGCUCGUUGUGGACAACACCUUUGGUGCGGGCGGCUACUUUAUCCGUCCCAUCGAGCACGGCGCCGACAUUGUCGUCCACUCGGCCACCAAGUGGAUCGGCGGCCACGGCACGACCAUUGGCGGCGUGGUCGUCGACAGCGGCAAGUUCCCUUGGGGUGACCACCCCAAGCGCUUCCCGCAAUUCGUCGAGCCCUCAGAGGGCUACCACGGCCUCAAGUUCUGGGAGACAUUUGGCGCCCAGUCUUUCAUCAUCCGCGCCCGAGUCGAGAUUCUGCGUGACCUUGGCGCCACCCUCAACCCCUUUGCCGCGCAGCAGCUGAUCCUCGGAAUCGAGACGCUGUCUCUCCGGGCCGAGCGCCACGCCGAGAAUGCGCUCAAGCUCGCGCAGUGGCUCGAGAAGAGCGAGUAUGUCUCAUGGGUGUCGUAUCCAGGCCUUGCAAGCCACCCGUACCACGAGAACGCGAAGCGCUACCUGAAGAGGGGCUUCGGCGGCGUGCUCAGCUUUGGCGUCAAGGGAGGCGCUGCUGCCGGCACCCAGGUCGUCGAUAGCUUCAAUCUGAUUUCCAACCUGGCAAACGUCGGUGAUGCCAAGACGUUGGCCAUCCACCCCUGGAACACCACCCACGAGCAGCUCUCCGAGGAGGAGCGCAUCAGCUCAGGCGUGACGGAGGAUCUGAUUCGCAUCUCGGUCGGCAUUGAGCAUAUUGAUGACAUUAUCGCCGACUUUGCGCAGUCCACCAACCAAGCCGCCAUCAUGCGAUUCGAGCUUCUGGCCCUCACUGGGCUUCUAUCGACGGCCCUCGCCCAUUCUCUCACCCUCUACCUGCCCGCCAAGCCGAACCCAUUCACCCUCCCGGCCUCGACGCAUGCCACCCUCUCCUCUCUCCACGCCCACCACUCCUCGCCCGUGUCGAGCCUGAACACCUUCCUCUUCCACAACCUCACGGCCGACUCGUACCUCCUCGACGUCCACUGCCCCACGGACGUCUUCCAGCCGCUCCGCAUCGACGUCAAGGACGACGGCACCAUUGAGGCCUGGGAGACGUACCGCGGCAACGAGUGGGACAAUAAGGGCGAGAAGAGGGAGGUCAAGGCCGGCAGCGCGGGGACGGGCGUCGAGCUGAAAGCCCUCGGCGGCAAGAUGUACUUUGCCGAGCGGCCCAGCUUCUCGGUCAUGACGAUCCUCAAGAACCCCAUGAUCCUCAUGGGGUUGGUCAGCAUGGUCAUGUUUGUGGGCAUGCCCAAGCUCAUGGAGAACAUGGACCCCGAGAUGAAGGCCGAACUGGAACAGCACCAGCGCAAUGGACCCCUGGCCGCCAUGCAGGGCGGCGCCCAACCGAACCCGCUCGGCAACUUUGACAUGGCUGCGUAUCUGUCCGGCGCAGACAAGAAGAAAGAUGAUGGUGUGAGGAGAUGA